AUGGGCUCUAAAAUUCAAGCAACUUUCUUUAACAAAGCAGUGGAUAAAUUUGAGGGUAUGAUUAAAGAAGAUAGAGUAUACACUUUCCGUAAAGGGAUGGUGAAAGCUGCAAAUAAGAAAUUUACUACUAUAAAAAACGAUUAUUGUUUAACAUUUGGUCCUUUCUCAGAAAUCAUACAAACAGAGAAUGAUGCUAAAAUUUCAAGAAAUUCCUUCCAGUUCACGAAGCUGAGUGAAAUAAUGAAAAAUGAAUUAGCAAUAACUCAAACAAUGAAGACUCAAAAGUUUCAGUGAUUAGAUUUCAUUGGAAUCAUCACAUCAGUUGGAGAAGUGGACUCGAUUAACCUUCGAAAUGGCCAGCAAAAAGAUAAACGUGACUAUGAAGUCGCAGAUAACAGCGCUGACGGAGGUCUUAAAGUCACUGUUUCCAUCUGGGGGCCUAAAGUGUCAUCUUUAGAGUUUGACGUUGGACAAGUUGUUGUUAUCAAAGACCUCAAAAUCAGCCCUUAUAAAGGAGUUUGUCUCAAUGGAAGUGAUACUAACUUCUUCAGUGACGCUACCUCUUUGAGACCCAAAGAAACUUCAUCUCUGAAAGCAUGAUACUAUAUAAACGCAAGAGUUGAGUUGAUCAGAAAUGAUCCGAAAAUGGUAUACAUGGCUUGCCCAACAUGUAGGAAGAAGCUCUACGAAGAAGACACUAGCAGAUCUAUGUAUAAAUGUGAGAAAUGAGAUAUAACAACUAAUGAACCAGUCCCCACCUAUUUCAUUUCUGUUAAAUUCACAGAUGGAACUGGCUCUCUUUGGACUAAGGUUUAUGGAAAUAAUGCACUUGAAAUCAUGGGAAACACUCAGCCUGAUGAGCUUUUUAAAAUGUUUCAGAACGAAGAUGAUGAAGAGAAUGAUGAUGUUAGGAAGUUUCUCAACACUUUGAAUUUCAAAGAGUACAGUGUGAUGAUAAGACCAAUCAUCAACAAUUACAAUGGCCAAGAGUCUCUUAACUACCUUGGCUCAAAUAUAAAAACAUAUAGCCCAGAGAAGAACAAUCAUUUCCUUCUCCAAAGACUGAGUCUUUAUCAGGACCUGUAG